CAAGCGAGACACCUCACCUCACCAAUAGUCCCCCAAAGAAUUCUCCCCCAUCCCCCAUCCUCAGCAACAAUGUCCGCAAACAAAAAAGUCAUCCUCACCGACUCCGCCCCAAAGCCCCUCCCAGGAAUCUACUCCCAAGCCAUCGUCGCCAACGGCACAGUCUACUGCUCGGGCCAAGUAGCCAUGGACCCCGAAACGGGAAAACUAGUCGAAGGAAGCAUCGCCGAUAGAACCCACCAAUGCAUAAAAAACCUCUCCGCCGUCCUCCAAGCCGCGGGAACUUCGAUCGAGAACGCAGUCAAAGUCAACGUCUUCAUCGACGACAUGAAGAAUUUUGCGGACAUGAAUGCCGUUUAUACCAAGUACUGGGGGGAGAAGAAACCUUGUAGGACUUGUGUUGCGGCGAAGCAGUUGCCUUUGGGGACCGAUGUUGAGAUUGAGUGUAUUGCUGUUUUGCCAUCAGCGUAAGUACGUACAUACGUCAACACUGGAUUGGAAUUUUGGGGGAAUUUGGGAAAUGUGGAGUUGACGAGAAUUGUUGAAAGUAGAGGAAGUAAAUUAUGAUCUCUCUUGUGGAGCAUCCACGUUUCCGCCAUACAUGCAGAAUGUUCAGAAAUGAAGAUUAUGCUCGCCAUGCUAUACUAAAAUUC